AUGCCCAUUGGCAUCCAGCGACUCAAUGCCAAAAAGUCGCAACCAAAUCCCAACAUCGUCUUUAUCAAACCAUUACCCGGCCCCAAUGAGAAAACAGCACAAGGGUUCCUCGAAAGAAUUGCCGCACAAUGCCUGCCUGUCAUGCGCAAGCACCACCUAUCCAUCAUGACACUAGAAGAAUACGAACCAAACCGUGAGUUCGUGGGCCGCAACUUCAACGCCGGCGAAGUGAUCCAACUUGUACUUCGGUCCCCCUCAACAGGUCGCUGGCUCCCAUUCGAAUACGUCCAAAUGGUCAUGAUGCACGAACUAGCGCACUGCAAGCAAAUGAACCACUCUCGGGCCUUCUGGGCAGUGCGAAACCAGUACGCCACGCAAAUGUACGAACUGUUUAGGCAGGGAUACACGGGUGAAGGAAUCUGGGGCCGCGGUGCGAGUCUAGUUACAGGCGAGUGGGAGCGGAACCAAGUAACGGCAGAUGAGGUUCUUCCGGAGCAUCUAUGCGGCGGGACGUAUCGCUCCAGACGGAGGAAGAGAAAGGCAAAGCCGGCCUUGACCUAUCAGGAGCGCAAGGAGAGGCGGAUUUUGAAGAAAUUCGGGAAGAAUGGUGUGGCGCUCGGGGCGGAUGAUGAGGAAAAGGUCAAGUUGGAGAAGGGGAAGAGGGUGCAGGCUAAGCCGAGGGUGGCGGGUAGCGCGCGUGGGCGAGAGCUGCGAGCUGCGGCUGCGCUGGCGAGGUUUGAGAAACAAAAGGUGGAGGAAGAAGAUGUAGUUAAGGAUGAGGACGAGACGCAGUCUGGGAGCGAGAGCGAGUAUGAGGAUGUUGCGGAGGAGGCUGCUGCUGUUGAUGUCGAUGGCUCAACUAUGAGGGACAGCAAGGGGAGAGGAAUGGUUCGAGUAUGUGAGGAUGAGGACACGAACGAUCUUGAAGCGAGGAACGAACUUUCGCAGUUGGAAGACAUGUUUAGACGGGUAAAGAGGGAAGAUCCUGCGCCGAGCACACAAACAGUUCGGGUCAAAGCAGAGCCGGGCACUCAAGAAACGUCAUUAUCAUCGGUCACAGCGAAAAGAGAGCCCCUGGAUACACCACUCGAUGACAUACCAGCUGCACAACCCGUCGAAGCAUCUAGCAGAUCCAAGUCAGCAAUCGAGCGUUCACAGAGCACAACCCCCUGCUCAAUGUGCUCCUUUGCAAAUACCUCAUCAGCAGUAACGUGUGCCAUGUGCGCAAACGUUCUCGAUCCAACGAACACACCAAAUUCCUGGCGCUGCUCAAGCACAACGUGUGCGGAGAGCCAGUACGUCAACGCUGGUGACUGUGGAGUGUGUGGCCUCUGCGGACAGAGACGAGUGUGA